AUGUUCAAGUGUACCCUUCGUUACAAUGUUGAAAAAGAAGUUGAAGGAAGCAGUAAAAUUCAGUAUAGACUAGAGCAACAGCAGCAGCAAGUGUGGAACCCACCUAGGACUUCCAACCUUGAACACCAUUCUCCAUCAUCUCUAAUGGAUGAUAUUGAAAGAGAACUGAAGGCAGAAGCUAGUCUGAUGGACCAGAUGAGCAGUUGUGACAGUUCAUCAGAUUCCCAAAGUUCUUCCUCUUCAAGUAGUGAGGACAGUUCUAGUGAUUCAGAAGAUGAAGACCGAGCCUCUCCUUCAGGCCCAGGGACAUAUAGCCCAGGACAUCCUAGCAUGUCUGCCAGGCCACAGGCCAGGACUAAUGCUAACUGCCAUGGAUUUCCUGACAACAGUACCCUUCUGAUGAGUACUUUACGAAAUGAUUUGCAGCUGAGUGAAUCAGAAAGUGGCAUUGAUAACUGAAGCAAUAUUGAGUCACAAAGAAAACAUUUGUAAAAUGUAUGGUAAUCUGUUUUGUACAAGAAUAAACACUCCUAUGACUAAGGAAAAGAUGUAACUUUUGCUGAAAAAAAUUAAAUUGAUUCAGAAUUUUUAACUUCU